UAUCAAAUUCAAUUUGCAAAUUGAAAAAUCAUCAGCUCAUCUUCUCUAGUUGAAUAUUUAAAAAAAAUCCUUUACAAAAUGUAUAAAUUUGUGAUCCUCGCCUUCUUCGCCGUCAUUGCCGUUGCCAACUGUGGAAUCUACUCAGCUGCUUAUGUUGCUCCAUAUGCCACUUCAUACAAUGCUCACACCAUCAACCACGCUGUAGCUGCCCCACUUAUUGCUCCUUCAGCAAAGAUUGUUGCCGCAUCACCUUACACCUAUCCAUAUGCCAGCUACCCAUACGCUAGCUACUCUUAUCCAUACUAUUACAAGUAAACAUCCAUGCUCAAGAUUUAUAGCCACAAGUAGCACAUGCUGCGAGAACUUAUAAGAUCAUAUAUCUCACUUGGACGUAAUGUUAGAAAACUGUUGACAUUUUCACUUUUUAUUGAAUUAUGAGUUACAAUUAAAGCAGAACAUGAAAUAUUAUGAGAUGAGAAUCAAGAGAUAAAUAAUAAAAAAAAAUUGAACAUUAAACAUGAA